AUGGCCCUUUUAAACAGAAAUGAAUACGUAGCCACCAUCCGAGGCGUCGAUCGCCUCCUCAACACAGGCAGCGAAGGGUGGGCAACAACCCACAAUCACGUUGGACGAGUGUACCGCGCCAUCGACCAGCGAUUACGUUCUUGGAUCAUGGAUUACGUGCUCGACCGUCUCACGCACCUCUCCACCGAGCAGACAGGCACCAUCAUCCAGAGCUUAGAAGGCUACUGCGUCCAGGAGGACUGGGCGACCCUGACAAACCUACUUCCAUAUAAUGCCCGCCAAUUUAUCGGAGAACUCUUGGCUGAGUCGCUCAUUUAUAAGACAAUAAUGAACCAGGUCUUUGAGAAUUCCUUCUGGUAA